CUUCUAGUUCUAGUUAUGAAGCAUCUAGGGUUUCGCCAUCUGUCGUACACGUGUCUUUAUAAAUCCAACAGUUUGCGAAACUUCGGGAACUCUCAAUUUCCCAUUUCCGCGCUUCCCCUUCAGACUGACACCGACUCAGACUGCGAAUUCCAUCUUCCAGAUUCUUCCUUCCGAUUCCACCUUCGUGUUCCUCGCAAUUCCACCUUCGUCUUCAUGAGUAGACAACUUGUCGCAAUUGCAAAACACAGAUUCAAGCAUACGUACCCGAUGAAAGGAUCACAGGGUAUAUUGGUGACUUCAAAACCUAAGAAACAAGACAACAAUGAUCCAAUAGUUUCCUUUAGCCGGCCGCCACCGCUUCCACCGGUUAUAGGACCAUUGCUUGCCCUUUCAUUGUUGGAGACAUGGUGGAACAGCGGUUCUGAUGAUGAUGGUUGAUGCCAGCUAAUGUGAUGUGAGAUCAUACAUACUCUCUACUUGAAUAGGAUCUUAGAAAUAAAUGCCAAAAGCUUGAAUGCAUCGAUAAGCAAUCGAACCGUGAAACCCCAUAGUUUUAUGUACCCAUCUAGUAGUGGUUUAACCAUAGGCUCUAUAAAUAUGCUGUAAAUUUUUAGUAUCCAUGUUAGUAUUGCAUGAGGCUUUCUUAGGAACCCUGCAUCAACAGAGCAUAAAUAUGUAUGUAUUAGUCGAUGUGUUGCGAUAUGAAUGAAAUGAAAUGAGAAAUUUAGUUA